AUGUCAAGUAAGAUCAAAAUUGCUCUUAUACAGAUGCACCCGAAGCCUGUUGCGCUCGAAACGAACUUCAGGAAAGCAGAGUCAUACAUACGCUCCGCUGCGUCCAAGGGCUGUUCCCUUGCCGUUUUGCCAGAGUACCAUCUCACCUCCUGGGUGCCGGAGCAUCCUGACUUCGUUUCGAGCUGCCUGCAUUCAAGGCCGUACUUGGGAAGGUACCAAGCUUUAGCCAAAGAACUAGGCAUCUCCAUAGUACCUGGCACCAUCGUGGAGCCGGAGGGCCAGGGAGACAACCUCGAACUUAUCAACGCAGCGUACUUCAUUGGUACUGAUGGCCGCGUGCUGGGGCGAUACGAGAAGAAAAAUUUGUGGCACAACGAACGGCCACAUCUGACCAAAGGCCCCAAGCCGCAUGGAGCUUUUGAAACACCCCUUGGACGAGUCGGAUUGUUGGUGUGCUGGGAUUUGGCGUUCCCUGAGGCAUCUCGAGAACUGAUCAGGGACGGCGCGCAGAUCAUUAUUUGCCCCGCCUUCUGGUUAGCAGAUGAGUACAAACACAGCAGCUGUGGAGAGGUGGUGAACCGCGAUUCAGAGAAGGUUUUCCUGGACAAUGUGCUUGUGGCAAGAGCAUUUGAGAACACGGCUGCUGUAGUGUUUGUUAAUGCAGGCGGGCCUGAGGGAGGCAUAGAGAAAAGAGAGAGCGGGGCGGAGGUAAGGUACUGCGGCGUUAGUCAAGUAGCGAUGCCGCUUGUCGGCUCUCUUGGGAAAUUGGGCACAGAAGAGGCAAUGAGCGUUGUAGAGGUUGAUUUAGGAUUGCUGGAUGUAGCUGAGAGGGCAUACAAGGUUAGAGAGGACUUGAGAAAGGAGGGUUGGCAUUACGGUUACUCCAUCACAAAGGAAUAG